AUAGGUGCAUCCGAAGCGUCAGCAAUUGUUGCUAUUUUCUUUGUGCAGUUGAAAAAUAAAUAUAAGCAAAAAAAAAAUAAAUUGUUAUUCAAAAUAACAAAACGCAAUAUGUGCAGUUAGACCGCGGAUUUGAGGAUAAAAUGAUCCAUGUUUCCUCUUCCAUUACAAGUUUUUGUUACCACGAUAUUUUUCACAGGAGCUGUGUAAAUAGUUCUCUUACUCUUUGUGUGUUGCAUUCUAACGCAGGGACCGAGCAAAGCACGUCAUCAGUAAGAAGUCUCUGUUGUUGCAUAGAUAAACAGCAGCAGCAGCAGCAACUGCAAGAGCGAGAAAGUGCAAGUAACCGGAGAUUUGUAUACAGCCGCACCCUAAAUAAAAAAGCCGAUACCAUAUAAUGCCGAUACUGUAUAGUGUCAUCUCGCGCGGCACCACGGUGCUUGCCAAGUUUGCGGAGUGCGUUGGAAACUUUGCCGAAGUGACGGAGCAUAUAAUUGGGCGGAUUGGGGUGCACAACCACAAGAUGACCUACACCCACGGCGACUAUCUGAUUCACUACACAUGCGAGAACAAGUUGGUUUACAUGUGCAUUACCGACAAUGAGUUUGAAAGAAACCGAGCUUUCUUUUUUCUGGCGGAUAUCAAGCAGAAAUUCAUACAGACUUAUGGACUGCAGGUGGCCACGGCAAUCGCCUAUGCCAUGAAUACAGAGUUCUCGCAAGUACUUGCCCAGCAGAUGAUCUACUCCAGCCAGUCGCGUGAUGUUGAUACAAUUUCUCGUGUUCAUGGCCAGAUAGACGAACUGAAAGACAUAAUGGUUAAGAAUAUUGACAGUCUACGUGAUCGGGGAGAAAAGUUGGAGCUGCUCGUCAAUAAAACAGAAAACUUGAGCAAUAACUCGGUUGCAUUCCGCAAGGCUUCACGAAAUUUGGCGCGACAGAUGUUUUGGAAGAAUAUUCGUGUCUAUGUUGUGGUUGGGAUAGUGAUUAUAUUUAUUGUCUAUGUUAUUGUGAGCAUGGCCUGUGGCGGUCUCGCCUGGCAGUCAUGCGUUUAGUGCAUGGCCAACGAUAUUGUUUUAAUUGUUAUAGGUUCAUACCGUGCCGGAUUGGAUGUAUAUUUGCAUAUAAAACACAUGAGUUACUUUCAUUAUCUAUGUAUGUAUGUUCUAUUUAAUAAACUGGAGUGUAUACAUGAA